AUGGCUAACCGAAAUCUAAAACAGGUCAACAUUCAAAACAACGCACCGUCGCCGAAACCUCAGCAACAGCAGCACACAAAGCGCAACGCGGACUCCCCAUCCAUGGAGCGAGGGCCGAAAAAGGACGGGCAAACCCCUACAUCACAGCUGCCGACGGCUUCCAGCCCUGCAGCAGAGGGGGAGGGCGGAUCCGUAGAGUCGCUGGAGAUGACACUGGAUAUGAAGAGUUUUCGGAGACCGGGGGAGAAAACCUUCACCCAGCGGUGUCGGUUGUUCAUCGGUAACCUACCUACUGACCUGACCGAGGAUGAUUUCAAAAAGCUGUUUUCGAAGUAUGGCGAGGCUAACGAGGUUUUUAUCAACCGAGAUAGAGGUUUCGGCUUCAUUCGACUGGAAACCAGGACACUGGCCGAGAUCGCCAAGGCAGAGCUGGAUGGCAAAGUGCUUAAGAAUCGUCCGAUCCGGAUCCGCUUCGCCACGCAUGGCUCUGCCCUCACGGUGCGUAACCUGUCCCCCGUCGUCUCCAAUGAGCUCCUGGAGGAGGCCUUCUCCGAGUUCGGCCCUGUGGAGAGGGCCAUUGUUGUGGUAGACGACCGCGGAAGGCCCACAGGGAAGGGCUUUGUCGAGUUUGCCAACAAACCUGCCGCGCGUAAAGCCUUGGACCGCUGUGCUGACGGGGCUCUUCUUCUCACCACGUCUCCUCGGCCGGUCAUAGUGGAGCCCACUGAGCAGCUGGAUGAAGAGGACGGACUCCCGGAGAAGCUGCUGCAGAAAACUGCUCAGUAUCACAAGGAGAGGGAGCAGCCCCCGCGCUUCGCCCAGCCGGGGACGUUUGAGUUUGAGUACUCGUCCCGCUGGAAGGCCCUGGACGAGAUGGAGAAACAGCAGAGGGACCAGGUGGACCGCAACAUCAGGGAGGCCAAGGAGAAGCUGGAGCAAGAGAUGGAGGCCGCAAAGCACGAGCACCAGCUCAUGAUGAUGAGACAAGACUUGAUGAGGCGUCAAGAAGAACUGAGACGUUUGGAGGAGCUACGCAACCAGGAGCUGCAGAAACGCAAAAAUAUCGAGAUGAGGCACGAGGAGAGGCGCAGGCAGGAGGAGGAGAUGAUGCAGCGCCAUCGAGAGCAAGACGAGAUGAGGCGCCAAGCAGACGGCUUCAAGCCCAACUAUGCUGACAAGAGAGAACAGGAAAUGAGAAUGGGUGAACUGGGCCCUCGUGGAGGCAUUAAUAUGGGAGAUGGUUUUAACCCCGCCUCCUUUGCUGGGGCCAGUGGUAACCAGGGCCCCCCCCCAAUGAUGGGCAUGGGCAUGAGCGGAAGGGGCGGAGCCAUGGGCCCAGAGGGAACUCCAAACAUGGUCGCACCAAACAUGAUGCCAGAGAAUGGAGCCAUGCAGCGCAGUGAUAGGUGCCCCCAGGGAGGUCCCAAUCAGAUGGGGUCUUCCCUUAUGGGGGGCCGUCCAGGGGUUGAGUCCCCACAGCAGCAGCAACAGGCAGUGGGAGCAGGGCCUGGACCUAUGGGGGUAGUUGGUGGGCCUGUGGGCUUUGGGAGGGGAAACCCAGUUGGGGGAAGUUUUGACGGGCCUAACAAUAAACGUCGCAGAUACUAAUUAUGUUUGUUCUUUUAUUUUUUAACGGUGUACCCCAAGGCUUAAUAUUUGGACAUCUUGCUUUUUAUUUCUCCUUAUGUAAAGCAACAUACAAAUUUUUUGGUCUAAUCUUUGUUUUAUGGUUUUAUUUUGAAUUGUUUCUCUCAGCUUUGUGUGUUCCAAAUGUUGACAGAGCGACAAUGCCUUUAAUGGCACAAGCCAGGCCCUAUAUUGAUUCAAAAACACCAAUCUGAAUGAUGGUUACUAAUGGCCCAAUGUCAACUGCCAUUUAUCUUAAGGUAGGCAGGUCUGUAGAUGGUUUAUACGAUCUUGUAUGAUGUAACUUCCUGUUGUUAGUGUCCUGUUUUCUUGUGAUUGUUGUUUUCAGUAGUUUGUAGUGUACUAGACAAAAGCCCUGCAUGCCUGUAAAGUGGUGAGCCUUCUUUGGUUUCCUUCCAUCCAUGGAAUGUAUUUCAGGCACAUUGCAUCCUGUAGUAGUUUGGCUAACUGCAAUAAAACUGUGAAAUGUGAAAUGCCAUUUGUGAACUACGUUAAUUGAAGUAAAACCAAAAAUACAUACAUUUGCUGAGAGAAAUAGCAUUGCUUUGGGCAACCAGAUGAUGAAUUGCGGUUAAAUGAAACGGUGUCUUAAAGGGUCUAAGAUCUGGCUUCUAUUUGUGUGUUUUUUUUUUAUAAACAUUUCUUAAUUUGGGGGAUGUCGUAAUGGAUCUGUUUGCGUAUGUAAGUACAACAUGUUAGUCACACUUGGUGCCACAAUGUGAGACUGAUUGUCCGAAUGGGGCUGGUAUAGUAAUAAACGUAUUAAUAUAGUAAUAAACUUAUUAAUAUAGUAAUAAACUUAUUAAUAUAGUAAUCAACUCUAAUUUGUUAGUCACACCCAGACACCACUGGCGGAUUUUAAGGAAACUUAGGUGCAAAUUUAGAACAAUGCUUUUUGCCAUACCCAGUACCAGAUAGAACAUCUUAACUGAAACCUGGUUGUCUGACAUGGCUUGGCAGCAAUUAGGUUCUCCAGCUGUCAUAAUCCCAAGCACACACAAAAUCCACAACAAAAUGAAUUUGCCUGGCAUAAUCAACAUUUUGCAAUUGCCAUAUCAGUCUACAGAUUGCAAUCUAUAAAAGACCUCUUAGGAAAAUUGAAGCGAGCAGUGAAUGAACACAGAUCAAAGAUAUAAAGGAUCUGGAAGGAUUUAAUAUAGAGAAAUGGCUGAAAAACCUGUUUUCAAAGAGUGAGUUACAAGGGAUUGAAGUGGAUCUUUGCAUGUUUAGAAGGCAUAUGCUAAUUGUCAUAACAAGUAUGCAAAUAGACAAACAGCAAAUCAUUUUGCUCGAACGCAAUAUAUAAAGCAUGCAGACAUGGUCAAGAAGUUUUGUUGUUCGACCAAUUUAGAAUGGGGAAGACGUUAUCUAAGCGACUUUGACCGUGGUAUAAUUGUUGUUGCCAGACGCAGUUAUUCCAGCAUCUCAGAAAUAGCUGGCGAUAUGGGAUUUUCAUGCACUACAUUUUCUUGAAUUUACAGACAGUGAUCCGAUAAACAAAAACAACCAGUGUCCAGCAAUUCAUUCAGCAAAAACAACUUGAUAAUGAGAACGGUCAUAGGAGAAAGGCCAGACUUGUUCAAGCCAAAUAGGCCAAAAAUACUCAUACACUCUUUACAACUGUACUGUGCAGAAAGGCAUCUCUGAAUGCAUUACGCAUCGAACCUUGAAGUGCAUGGGCUAUAGCAGCAGAAGACCAUGCCAUGUUCCCAUGCAGUGGACAUGCUAUCACAAAAAACUGGAUGAUUAAAUAUUAGAAAAAUUGCCUGAUCUGACAAAUUUGAUUUCUGCUGCGACAUGCAGAUGUUAUGGUCAGAAUUUUGUGCAUGCCAUGUAAAUCCAUGGAUUUAUCCUGCCUUGUGUCAACAGUGCAUUCUGGUAGUGUAAUAGUGGCGGGAAUUUUUUCUUGGCACACAUUUGGCCCGUUGUUUACAAUUGAGCAUCAGUAGAAUGCCAGAAUUGUUGCUAACCAUGUGCAUCCCAAUAUGGCCACAGUCUUCCCAAUUUCAAAUGGAUUCUUCCUGCAGGACAAUGUGACCAUGUCACACAGAACGCAUAAUCUCAAACUUGGUUCCAUGAACAUUAAUGACUUCAGUUGGCCUCCACAGUCCCCAGAUCUCAAUCCACUUGGGCACCUUUGGGAUGAUGUGGACUGGAGAUUUGCAGCAUGAAUUUGUGACUGAAAAAUCAGCAGGGACUGCAUGAUGCCAGUGAGUCAAUGUGGAUCAAAGUCCUUUAUGGGAAGUACCUUGCUGAAUCCAUGCCGCAGUGAAUGCCAGCUCUGGAGACAUUGCUCACGCUAGGCGGUUGUCAUUGACCUAGUGAGUCGGUGACAUAUCUAACCUUAAGUGAACUGGACAAAAAGAGAACAGAGGCAUGUCUUUGAGUUUUGAUUACUGGACUCUGUAUGUAGCAGGCUAAGACAGCACUCACAUUGAUUUGUAAGCAGUUAACUAGCGGGAUAGCACUCACCUGUUCAUGUCAAACUUGCGGCUAGUUAGCAAGUAACAAGUAAUGCUAAAUCAAUGUAAAAACAAUACAGGCAAAUAAAACAGACUGUACUAUUCAGACAUGAGUUAAUGGCCAGAAAUCAAAUAUCAAACUGCUAAUGGAUGUGGUUUGAUAAGGGCUUUAAAUAUUUAAUUUAGUGUGGAUUUUGUCUGUUCCGACUUCUGGGAAAAUAACACAUUCCAAUUGGGUAUGGUAAUUAAUGGGAUUUGUGUCACUUCCUCAGUGUUCUACAACUUAUGAAACAUUUCAGAAAAUGUUCUUCAUUUAUUCUUGCAAGGUGAGGUUAUCAAAGAAAUUUAAAACCGAAGUGUUUAUUUUCUUUGGUUUGGAAUUCUUUGAAACAAAAUCUAUUCAUCCAGGUACAACUCUAUUAGUACAAUUAACAAGCAACUAUGUGUUUAUUAUUUAGGUGCUUUACUGUGUUACAACACAUUCUAACAUUGACAUCACCUUUAAAGGCAUUUGCCUUUUUAAUGUUGUCAGCUUGGUGGGAUUCCUAACUUUAUUUGGCUAUUCCUCACAAUGACCAGGUCAUCCAGAACAUUGGAGGGAUCAGCCAAUAAAUAAUAAUGGAAUGGACUACUUCAAAAUGGAGAUGCUAUUGCUGGAACAGAUAUGUAAUUAAGUUAUAAGGCACAAAAGGGUGUGGUAUAUGGCCAUGUGCUGUGUUUUCACACAAUGCUUGGAUAUAGGCAUAAACAGCAUUUAACCAUGUUACAUUGGUAGUAUACCCUAAACCCCUGAUGUACCUUAUCGCUAUCAUAAACCUAUUCCUUGUGCAGUAAAACAAAGGUUUGACAUAUACCACUGUUUUCAGACAAUCAGCGUUCAGCUUUUGAAUCAUGGGUUUAUAUUGGGAAAUAUACUCUUGAGUCUGUACAUGUCUCUGGUCUGUAGUCCUGUAUGAUACCUAGAGUAUUCAAAGUAGUUGGAUAUGUUAUAUGGAGGUGAUAUUUAUAAAAUAAAAUCGGUGCCCUGACACACACUCCUUUAGAGCCAUGUGUUGUUUUACCCACCACAAUCCUCACAUUGUUUUAUCCUCCUUGACAUGACGAUAUACUAUAAAUACUGUGUUAUUUACUAUAUCAAAGAGAUGAGGGAUGAAUGAGUCAAUUUUUUUUGGUAAUUUUUUUUAUGUAGAUGUAACCUGAGAGUUUUAUUGCACAUUGCAAAUGUAAAUCACUGGCUUAGUGGUGUUGCAUUCCUGAGUAGCUCUGCCAACCUGACUGCCGUUUGUAAUGUUAUGUUUCCUAGUGUAGUUAGGCACUUUUUUUGGGGGAGUGAAGACACAGAAAACAGCCAAAAUGACUGCCUGUGAGACCUAACCUGGCCGGAAUCAACAUUAUCAGUGGCAUCGUGCCACCCAAUACUCCUCCCAAAGCAAAAGAAGAGGACAGUGAGGACAGUGUCUAGUUUGUGCUGGUGAAACAUCGUUUGACCAUACCUGUCCCAGAGAACACAAGUGGUCGGGGAUCUGCUCUUUACUCCUCAACAUUAUGUCACAAAGGUUUUGCCCAUAGCGUAGAUUGUACGUGUGAACUUCCUCCACAUAUAAGCGAAUCCACUGAGAUCAGGUGACGUCUUUGUAGUCCAGGAGGACCUAAUCACUUGUUGUAUAAGGAGCACAAUGCCAGUAGUCUAUUUACACAGCAUAUCAAAAACUUGUGGAAGACGCACUGCGCAGUGUUCUUUAUGGCAGACGGGACAACAAAUGCCAAACAAACAUGCCCGCUUCACAUUUGAAUGGAGGUAUAGCUGCAGGUUAGUAGGAAAAGUUGUGUAAGAUGGCGUAAACAAUGUGUGUAUAGAACAGUUAAAACAGGUGCAGAAGUUGAUCCAGGCAUGCAGAAGCUUUGCUCUUUGGUGAAAGAGAUCAUCUCUCAGACAAUAAGAGAAUGAGUUAUAACUACACUACAAGUGUAUUUUCAUGUGUUAUUACCAUUUUCGUUUCCGGGUGACUCGGGGUUCAAGUGGAGAUUUACAUUACAUAAAGGGUUGCAUUCAUGUAUUUAAGUUAAUUACCAACUAGUGUCAACUUCGUGGAGUUUGUGACAGCAACUCGGAGAGCCUGAUACAGUUUUAUAGAUGCCACGUUCUGGGAUUUCCAAAGAUGUUCAAUUUAAAAUAUCUUACUUAGCAACUCACUUGUGACCAUAACCUAUACAUGUUAAUGAGAGUAUUAGCUCUCAGUGAAUAUUUUUUCUGGUUAUUUGUGUGUACCACAAAGCAUUCAGACUACCCAGGCCGUUCAGGAUCUCCCCUUCUUUCAAAACAGGAUUUGAGGUUAGCUUCUGUUAAUCAUGGAUUCAUUUUUUAUCUGUAGUCCCAGAAAGCAUGUAAUUGAAACUCAGGAUUAAAGCAACAUCAAGAGUCUGCACAAGAGAUAUGUGAAAAACUUCGUCCAAAUACUGACUCGAUAAAUAAAUAAAGGGACAAUCUGACCAGAGAGGUGCAGGACCUGAGAAAGUCUACACUUCUCCCAGGAAGAGCUUGAUGAGCUUAAACCACUGGAAAAACAUGACCAUUCCAAGGGACUUAACAAGAAGAGACAUAACACUAUCUGUGAAUCAUCUAUACCAUUUGAGAAAAUAUCAACAAAAAAAACAUUGUAUAUGGAAUUCUAGUGUAUCCUUGUCAGAAUCUGAGAAAAAAAUGGAAUUCAACUUCCAAACCACUUACUGUAAAGUCUGUUUUCAAGAUAAAUAAAAAAGUUAUAUUAUCAUAUCAGGUCAGGCAUUCAAGUCUUUGAAUGCUCCAAAAAAUAAUUUUAGGUCAUGGCUGUACUGAAUGGUGACCAGAGAAUGGUGAAGGGCAAAUCUGGGAAACAGCCAGGAUCUAAGAGCCACCAAAAUUCUCUUCCAGUCAUUGUAGCACCCAUUUGGGUGACGCCUCAAUUUCUAGGCUCAGGCAAGUUCAGAAUAGUAGACAGUUACCCACACAACAAGCCCUUUUAAAUUCAUUUUGAGCUUCAGACUCACAAAAUGUUUCAAAAGAUCAGGAACUGGGCACCAAGUGAACCCACAGAAUACCAUUGUGGGUUUAGUAAUCGAGUUGAGUUGCAAAACAAAUUUUUACAGAUUUCACAUGUUGCAUGCUAACUCAUUAUAACAAGAAAAUGCACAACAUUUUUACAUUAUUUUAAUAGUUGUUAUUUAAUGUAAAUCAUAGGAUUUUUGGGUUUGGGGUGGAUUACCACUAAUUCUAUGGCAUUAUAGUUAUCCCAAUGUGCUUGGAAUAAACAGUGGCUGGCUUGCUAUGGCUAAGCUGCAGAAAUAUGUAUCUAGAAUGAUAUGUGCCCAUUGCUUCUCUGUCUGAUUAGCUAAGUACUUAGAUUUAAGUACUCAAACAAAAACAGUGUAGGAGAUAGUUGAGCUAGCCAAUAAAGCACUGGUACAGGUACAGUAGCUAGCCAGCAUUCUAUAAAUCAGAUUACUUUUAGCAUGUUUGUUGGAUUUCUAUAAAAUGAUAUGUGCAUAUUCUGUUAGAUUAGCUAAGAACUCCACACUUGAAUAUCCAAUAUAGGAUAGCUGAGCUGGCUUCAUUAUCUAUCUGAUAAAUCUAACAUAAUAAACUUAUGAACCAUUCUUUAAUUUAUACAAUACUGUGCACAGUUAUAGGUCCCCUAAGAAACAGCUAUUUAUGUAAGCUAUUUAUCUGGCAGUAAGUUUUUAUUUGCUUGAAAUAAAUAUUAGAAUAAAUACAAAUUGUUAUUGAUAAAAUGCUUGAGGCUGCAUUUACACAGGCUGCCCAAAUCUGAUCCAGUAGUUUGUAUUUUGACCAAUUAGGUCAGCUGUUUUGCUCAUAAUUGAACAAGAGGUCAGAAUUGGGCUGCGUUUCAGUCAUUAUGUUGUUUGUGUUAUUAAAGAUGCUCUGCUGAAGUGUCAUAUAGCCUCUCGUGACUUAUAUAUCUUAAUGACUCCAGGAACAGUAGCUGCUGUCUUUGUAGCAUGGGGAUACAAAUAAAAUACUCUGAGACAAGGGAGUAUGUCUACAUAGAAACAAAUCAAACAUAGAAAUGUUAGAGUAAAAUAGGGCUCUGCUUGCUGAAAACCUAACCCAAGUGUAGUUAAAGUGGCUGCAGAAACUAUUUAGAAACCUUCACUUUCACCACAUUUUGUUGUUGUAGAUUGAAUUUGUAAUUACUUUACAAAAAGUUGACAUCAAUCUACCCACAAAACCCCAUAAUGACAAAGCAGAAACACAUUUUUAGAAAUGUAUUGGGGAAGAAAUUAAAUAACCCAUGUUAAUUAUGCAAUGAGAUGUCUAUAAAACUUCAUUAUAGCCCAUCUGUGGCAAAUGUAAUGAUGGUAGAUGAUUUAGAAAUGCACACACGUAUGCAUGAGAUCCCACUCGUCACAGUGCAAAACCCAAACCAAGUCCAAGGUACUCUCCGUAGACCUCCAAGAAGAGUUGUGUUGAGUCAAAGGUCUGGGAAAGAUUAUGAAGUUGCUAAAGCAUUAAAAGUUCUAAAAACCACAGUGGGCUUCAUCUUUGUGAAAAGGAAGAAGUUUGGAACCACCACAGCUUCCUGGUGUUGGCUGUAUGGUCUAAGUAACCAAGAAGGGCCAGUUAGGGUGGUGACCGAGUACCCAAUGGCCACUCUAAUAGAGCAUCAGAGUUUCUUCGGAUGGAUGAGACGACCUGCCAGAAGGACAGUCAUUUUGUCAGCAUCCAUCAAUCAGGCUUUUAUGACAGUGGCUAUACAGAAGUCCCUCUUCAAUAAACGGCAGAUGACAUGCCACCUGAAGGACUCUGAGAGCAUGAGGAAAAAGAUGCUCUAGUCUGAUAAAUCCCAAAUCUAAUUAAUACGAAAAUGUUACAAAAUGGAGUGUUCAUCACCUGACUAAUACCAUCUCUGCAGUGAAAAAUGGUGGUGGGAGCAUCAUGCUAUAGGGAUGCUUCUCCCCAUCCAAAAUGACAGGGAUUGAGGAUAGUCUGCAAGGAAGAAUGGGAGAAAAUGCCCAAAUCUAGGUGUGUAAAGCUGGUUGAAGCAUACCCAAAACAACUUAAAGCUGUGAUCACUGCCAGGGUGCUUUUCCAAUGUACUGAAUAUAGAGUCUGUCUAAACCACAACCAAAUAUGGAGACCUUAAAGGGGUCUGAAUACAUUUCAAAGCCACUGUAAUCUGUGUUACCAAAAACACCAGAAUGUCUGUCGGAGUAGAGUAACCAAAAUGUCAGUCAGUAGUUUCAGCAUAAUGGGUUAAACUUUAUUUUGGAAACCCCAAACUUGCUGAGGUUAGGGUUAGGCUUAAGGUUUUAGAAUCAAGUUUAGGUUAAGCUUAGGGUCAUGUUGAGGGUUAGCAGGUAGUUUAGUUAAAUGUUACUUAUAAUCAGUAGAUCCAUAGAGCAUCUACAGAAACACAUUGGACUCUCAAAGUGUGGCCCUAGAAUGUCUGACUAGUGUUAUCAGAACGUAUGUAUUGGUAUUUUCCAGUUUCACCACUGUUUUAUAUUUGCUUGAAACAUCUUUGAAACAGCUAUCUUUCAAUAGCUUUCAACCAAAUGUACCAAGCUUGAAACCAAAAAAAAGAUAAAUGUCACCCUAAGUGUUUAACAGAUUCUGAUACACAGCUGUAAGUGCUUUCAGAAAUGCAUUUACUUAGUAUGAACUCUGGGUUUUAAAGACAUGCAUUAACUUUUUAGUAUUAUAAAUUGGAAACAUAAAACAACACGUACAUUUUGUUGACAUUUUAAAAAUAUGGUUUGGGAUUGUGUAGAUUGGUAUGAAGAAAAUACAGUUUAUGACCUUUUUGUAGCACUCCCCAAUAGGGCUUUCAUGAUAUCAGAUUUUCACUACACGAUUAUCAUGGCCAAAAUAAUUCACGGUAACGAUAUUAUCGCGGUCUCUAUAGAAAAUUUGAAGUUAAAAAAUGCUUUUAGUCAAACUCAUCUUCAACUUUGUUUAAUGU